AUGACCACCAAGAUUUGCAUUUACACCAUGCAUUCUCAAACACCUUUUAUUUUCACACUUCUCUUGCUAGGCCUUCAAACUAUAACUACAUACCACUUGGUCGCAGCGGGAGCAAACGGUAACGCUGUCGUUGUCACAUGCAUUGAUAAGGAGAGACAUGCUCUUCUUGAUUUCAAAGCUCGUGUUCAAGACCCCGAUGGUGUUUUGUCUACAUGGACGGAUGAAGAAGAUGAUGAUUGUUGUAAGUGGAGCGGCGUCACAUGCAACGACACAACAGGUCAUGUCACACGACUUCAGUUGUCCUACAAUUUUGGCACUACUAAUCUUGGAGGUGAGAUUAGUCCUUCGUUGCUUAACUUAACAUACUUGAAUUAUCUUGACCUUUCCGGCAAUUUUUUAAAUGGAACCAUCCCCAAGUUCAUUGGUUUCAUGACUCAGUUAAGGUACCUUAACCUUGGUUCUAAUAACUUUAGUGGAACCAUCCCCAACUCCAUUGGUUCCUUGGCUCAACUUAGGGAUCUUAACCUUGCCUAUAACUCUUUUUAUGGAACCAUUCCUCCGGAAAUUGGAAACCUGACCAACUUGGAACGUUUUCAACUUGGAUGCCCCGAAAGAUGUGUGAUCGAAAACAUAGACUGGUUGGCGAAUCUUUCUCAUUUACGAACACUUCGUAUGGAAGGAAUUUUCAUAGCUAAAGCAAAUCAUUGGGUAGAUGUAAUUCGAACUCUACAAAAACUAUCCUCAUUAACACUAUAUAAAUGUGACCUCUCACAAGUCAUGUAUCCUUCGUAUUCAUCGUCAUAUGACAACUCUUCUUCAUCAUCUAUCGUUACCCUUGAGCUCUCGAACAACAAUCUCAACUCAUCCAUGUAUCAUUGGUUGUUUCCGUUAACUAGCAACAACCUCUCUAGUCUCGAUCUAUCUGAAAACAUGUUGGAUGAAAUACCAAAAUAUCUUGGAAACCUUUGUCGGUUAACAUAUUUUAAAUUCUAUGACAACUCUGCAUCCAUCAAAUUUCCUGAUUUUUUAAGAAACUUGUCCGGAUGUACAUCAGAUACUUUACAAUAUUUGUUUGCUCCAAGCAGCCAACUUACAGGGUCAUUUUCAGACGAGAUCGAAACGUUUUCAUCCUUACUAUAUUUGUACCUAUAUGAUAAUCACUUAAGUGGGGCUAUAAGUGAGAAAUUGUGGGAACUACCUAUGCUUGAAAAUUUUGAGGUUUUUUCUAAUUCUCUCAGCGGUGCCAUCUCUGAAAACAUUGGAAAGUCAAAGCUUUUGAAGUUAAAUCUUUCAAACAACUCACUGGAGGGAGUUUCAGAUCGUUUCGCAGAUCAUAUGCUCAACAUGUCGUAUGUAGAGUAUAUUGAUUUGAGCUCUUGCAAGCUCGGGCCUCACUUCCCCAAAUGGAUUCAAAAACUCAAAAAUCUUACUCGUCUUGAUAUUGCCGACACUGGAAUUUCAGAUACAGUUCCCCUGGAGUUUUGGGACGCAUGGCCAUCUCAAUUAAGAUAUUUGAAUCUUUCUUCCAACAACAUCACCGCGAAGGUACCAGAUUUAUUAUCAAAUUUUGAUAAUCGUUCUAUAAUAGAUUUGAGUUCCAACAACCUUUAUGGCCCGAUACCAAAUGUUUCUUCCGCUUUGACAUUGUUAAAUCUUUCUGGAAACAAAUUCUCCGGAGGAAUCUCCUUUUUAUGCCAAAUUGUGGAUGGGUUCUUAGAAUUUCUUGAUCUCUCCAAUAACGUCUUAACCGAACAGGUUCCAGAUUGUUUAUGGAAUUUCAGAGAACUAAGGGUUCUAAAUCUAGGCCACAACAAUUUGUUUGGAAGGCUUCCUGCUUCUGUUGAAUCUAUGAUCAAACUCGAAGUGUUGUAUUUAUAUAAGAACGAGUUUUCGGGAGAGUUACCUUUGUCUUUAAAGAAUUGCACGAAUUUAAACUUUUUGAAUUUGGGGGCGAACAACUUUUCUGGUAAUGUACCUAUUUGGAUCGGGGAAAACCUAUCAGGUUUGUAUGUUCUUAGUCUAGGAUCAAACAACUUCUUUGGAACCAUCCCUUCACAAUUGUGUCAACUAGUGAAUCUUCAACUUCUAGAUUUGUCACAAAACAAUCUCUUUGGAACCAUCCCAUCAUGCUUGAAUAAUCUCACAACCAUGGUUCAACAAGGACUUGUUCCGACACAAACUGUAUAUCAGUUUGCAAUUCCAUGGUAUGGUUCGAGAACUGCUCGGCCAGAUAUCAUUUAUGAUGAGUACAUUGACCGUGCGACCAUCGAGUGGCAAGGAAACGCACGUGAAUUCAGUACCAUUCUUGGAUUGCUAAGGAUCAUUGAUCUAUCAAACAACAACCUAACAGGACCCUUUCCAUCUGAACUCACAAAUCUCCAUGGACUGAUUGCGUUAAACUUAUCGAAGAAUUCUUUGGGUGGCGAUAUUCCAAGGAAUAUUGGUGAUAUGAAAAGACUUCUAACUUUGGAUAUAUCAAGUAACAAGUUUUCAGGAGGGAUACCAUCAAGCAUGGCUCAGAUGACUUCAUUAAAUUAUCUAGACGUGUCGUAUAAUAACUUGUCAGGUAGAAUUCCGUCUAGCACUCAACUCCAGUCCUUUGAACCGUCAAGAUAUAAUGGAAACGCAGGACUAUGUGGACCUCCCAUUACUAAAAAUUGUAUUGGAGAUGAAGAAUCCGAAGUACCACCCAUUGUUGGUGAAACUGAAGGUGGCGAGGAAGACAUGGAUGAACUUCAAAAAUGGUUUUAUAUUGGCGGAGGCAUUGGUUUUGCUACUAGCUUUUGGAUAGCAUGUGGCGCGUUAGUUCUCAACCGUCGUCUAAGAUAUGCCUUUUUCCACUUUCUUGAUCGCUUGAAAGAUUAUGUUUAUGUGAAGGCGAUGGUGUUCAUUUCAAAAUUGCAAAGGGCUGCACAUUCAUAG